GGGGCGUGGUAGUUCGUGAUCUCGCGCCUGUCGUUUGGGUCUUGGUCUGCAGACCCUGAGGACCACCCGGCUCCAGCGCAGCUAUGAACUUGGAGCGGGUGUCCAUUGAGGAGAAGUUGAAUCUGUGCCGGAAGUACUAUCUUGGUGGUUUUGCAUUCCUGCCUUUUCUUUGGUUGGUCAACAUUUUCUGGUUCUUCAGAGAGGCCUUCCUCGCCCCAGCCUACACAGAGCAGAGCCAAAUCAAAGGCUAUGUUUGGCGCUCAGCUGUGGGCUUCCUCUUCUGGGUAAUUGUUCUCACCACCUGGAUCACCAUCUUCCAGAUCUACCGGCCCCGCUGGGGUGCUCUUAGGGACUACCUUUCCUUCACCAUUCCCCUGGGCACCCCCUGACA